AUGGUUGCUUCUUUUAGUUCUUGUUCAUCCGUACCUGCUCUAGUCAUAGUCUUCUCUAUUUACCUAUCCACAUUUGCCCUAGGUGAAGCUGGGGAUAAUGGUGGGUUUAGUGUUGAUAUUAUCCACCGGGAUUCAUUGCUCUCUCCUUUCUAUGACCCAUCAGUUACUCAUUUUGUGCGUCUGCAGAAUGCGUUCCGCCGAUCAAUGUCCCGUGCCAAUAGUUUAAUACAUUCCGCAAUUUCUCCAUUGGAAGUUUCAUCGCAGGUUGUAACUGAUAAUAAUGGUUCUUAUCUCAUGAAAAUGUCAUUUGGAACUCCACCAGUGGAGAGGUUCGCAAUUGCUGAUACAGGUAGUGAUCUUAUUUGGAUUCAAUGCAAGCCUUGCGAAAAAUAUUACAAGCAAAAACCUCCUCUAUUUGAUCCUAACAAGUCAUCAACCUAUCGAAACUUAUCAUGCAAAUCUAAAGAAUGUGAUCUGAUAGCUGGUGAAGGUAGAGUAUGUGCACCUGGAACUAAUGAUUGUAAGUACAGCUAUUAUUAUGGGGACGGAUCAUCUACUAAAGGGUUUCUUGCAAGUGAGACAUUUAGAUUGGGUUCUACUAGUGGUAGAUCAGUCGAUUUACCAAAUAAAAUAUUUGGUUGUGGGCACAACGAAGGUGGCUCCUCCUUCAAUGACCGAGAAAGUGGUCUAGUUGGCCUCGGAGGGGGUCCGCUAUCACUGAUUUCGCAACUGAAAUCAUCUAUUGGUGGCAAGUUCUCCUACUGCUUGGUCCCUUUUGAGAAGGAAAAUGUGACAAGCAAAUUGAAUUUUGGUGGUGAAGCUGACGUUUCGGGUGAUGAUGUCGUCUCCACUCCUUUAGUGAUAAAGGAUCCGACUACAUUAUAUUAUGUGACCCUUGAAGCAAUUAGUGUCGGAAACAAGAGAUUGCCAUACAAGAAUUCAUCGAAGGGUGUUGCUGAUGAGGGAAACAUUAUCCUCGAUUCUGGUACAACGUUGACAUAUAUCGAAUUUGAUUUCUACCGUAAUCUUGAAUCAGAAGUGAAGAAAUUGAUUCAUGGUGAAAGUUUUGUAGACUCUGAAUUUUUUCCCUUGUGCUAUGAACCUGGUAUUGAUGUCAAUGUUUUAGUCACUGUCCAUUUUGCCGAUGCCGACGUCAAGUUGAAACCCCUGAAUACUUUUUUUCGGAGAUCUAAAGAAGCUGUAUGCUUUGCCAUUGUCCCUUACCCUCGUGUUGUUGGUGUGGGUAUCUUCGGAAACAUAGCUCAAAUGGAUUUUUUGGUUGGCCAUGAUCUGGAAGAAAAGAAGGUCUAUUUCAAGUCAGCUGAUUGCUCCAAGCAUUAG